AUGGCAACUACAAACCACACAGCUGUUUCAGAAUUCCUUCUCCUGGGACUGACAGAUGACCCAGCACUGCAGCCCCUCAUCUUCAGCCUGUUUCUGUCCAUGUACCUGGUCACCAUCCUGGGGAACCUGCUCAUCAUCCUGGCUGUCAGCAAUGACUCCCACCUCCACACCCCCAUGUACUUCUUCCUCUCCAACCUGUCCUUCAAUGACAUUUGCUUGAUCACCAGCACAAUCCCCAAGAUGCUGGUGAACAUCCUGAGACAGGAUCAGAGCAUCACCUAUGCAGGCUGCCUCUCCCAGAUCUGCUUUGUCUUGAUUUUUGGUGGUUUAGAAAAUUGCCUGCUUGCAGUGAUGGCCUAUGAUCGCUAUGUGGCCAUUUGUCACCCCCUGACAUACACUGUCAUCAUGAAUCCCCACCUCCGUGUCCUGCUGGUUCUACUCUCCCUGCUCAUUAGUGUUGUGCACGCCCUCCUCCACACUCUGAUGGUGCUGUGGCUGUCCUUCUGCUCAGAUGUGGAGAUCCCUCACUUCUUCUGUGAACUUGCUCAGGUCAUCAAGGUGGCCUGCUCUGAUACCCUCAUCAAUAAUGUCCUGGUAUAUCUGGUGGCUGGUCUAUUUGCUGGUGUUCCUCUCUGCGGUAUCAUUUUCUCUUAUGUUAACAUUGUGUCCUCUGUCUUGAGAAUGCCCUCAUCCAAAGGAAAGCAGAAAGCCUUUUCCACCUGUGGGUCUCACCUGUCUGUUGUCUCCUUGUUCUAUGGGACAGGUUUUGGGGUGUACAUUAGCUCUGAGGUGACUGACUCUCCCAGGAAGACUGCAGUGGCUUCAGUUAUGUACUCUGUGGUCACUCAGAUGCUGAACCCCUUUAUCUACAGCCUGAGGAACAGGGACAUGAAGGAAGCCCUGAGGAAGCUCAUAGGAAGGACAGCUUCUCUAUGA